AUGCAACCGGGCUCCAGCCAAGGGGCGACAGUCAUUCAGGUCUCGAAGAACCCCGUGACCACCCACACCAUUAUCCAACAGAACAGUCCACACCUCCUUGUCGGUAAGCUAGGCUCCACUGCGUCCGCAGCAGCAGCUGCGGCUGGCUCCACCGACUCUCCCGGUUUGGUGACGGAUUCCACCACCAAUGGGGCUGUUCAGACCCUCCUUCCCACGCAGUACAUCGAGGCAGCAGCUGAACAGACUGUUUACGCUGCCACUGCUGUCAGUAGCGGUGGCGCUAGUGGUGGAGGUGGCGGUGGCAGUGGUAGUGGAGGCAGUGCCGGUGGGGCUAGUGGUGGAGGCGGUUCGGGUCAAGUCGGAUUCCUGACUCUGAAUAGAGGCGACACUCAACUACGCCGGCUCUACUCCCAUGCCUCUGCCGUACCCAAGAUUAGCUAUGAGCAGUACCAGGAGUAUGCACCGAUCAUCUACACUCCUGUAUGUGGCAGCCAAACCUACUAUCAGACUGUCGGUGGACAGGUUCUUGCCAGUUCGGGCUUUGGCGGAGCAGGCGGAUCUAUAGUCGGUGCUGCAGCGGCCGCAGCUACUGCGGGUGUCGGUGGUGGUGGCGGCGGAGCCACGCAAAUCGUCACUCACCAGGGCACAACUUACAUCCUCCAGAGUGCUACUGGGGCACUUGAGGAGGAUGCUACUGCCCUCUCCCACACCGCCAAGGCCAGUCCUGUCACCGUUCAGUGGCUGCUGGAAAAUUACGAGACAGCUGAGGGUGUGAGUCUGCCCCGAAGCACGCUCUAUUUUCACUACCUCCAACACUGUCACGAAAAUAAGCUGGAGCCAAUGAAUCCCGCCUCCUUUGGUAAACUUAUCCGCUCCGUCUUUCUGGGUCUGCGCACUCGUCGCCUAGGCACCCGGGGCAACAGCAAGUAUCACUACUACGGCAUCCGAAUCAAACCCUCCUCCCAGUUGAAUCACUACGUGGAGGACCCGGCCUUCGCUUUGCGUCACUACCCUAACUACCAUCGCCAGAGUAUGGAGGUUGUGGCGGAGUGGAAGAGCCUUGCCGGCAAGUCCACCGCCACUUCCACCACCUCUAGUGGCAUUGGCGCCAAUUCCUCUUCCACUGUUUCGGGAGGAGUGAGACAGGGUGCUGCCUCUGUCAGUGGCGCCUUUGGAGAUAGUACUGUUAGUAGCGGUGGUAGUAGUUUGGGGAGCACACGGACACCUGGUGUUGUUGGUGGUCAAAACAGACACCAGCACGUGCAGUUUUUGGGUGAAGCAACCUCAGCUCUUCCGAACUUAAACGAGAUUUGUCGUUCAGCUGGGCUACCCAUUCCUGGUUCCGACGAUGGGGAACUGUCGCCACGCGUUCGAAAUGCCUCAGGAUCCUCCACGACCUCUACAAAAAAGGUGCCAUCUUCAUCAGCAUUGGGAACUUCUGGGUUGACGUCGGGAGGAGGCGGGGCAGGAGGCGGGUUAGAUGGUCUGCCUACCAAAGAUCUGAUCAAAUUUGUCAUCCUCUAUGCCCAGUCGGCGGGCAAUAUGCUCGAUGCUGUGGUAAAUCUUGAUUUCUCCUCCAUUUCCGGCGCCUGGAAGGCCUUUUGGCGAACUGGAGACUGCAGUGAGGACUCGGUGUUCGAGAAGACCCUCUCAAAGGAUCGGCUGUACGCGUUAUCGAAGAACAUUGUGGUGCACCAAUUCAUUCGCCUCUACGACCACACUUUCUACCAGUCCCUCGCCGAAGUGCUCAUUCCUAACGUCCUUCGACCCAUCCCCUCCUCCCUCACACAGGCUAUUCGCAACUUUGCCAAGCAUCUGGAGGUGUGGAUGCGUGAGGCUCUACAGGAUUUGGAUCCCGUGCUGCUACGCAUCAAGUUAGGCGCGGUCUCGGCGCUGGCGCAGACCCUGCGGCGCUACACUAGCCUUAACCACCUCGCUCAGGCGGCGCGUGCUGUGCUCAAAAAUCCUGCCCAGAUCAACCAAAUGCUCAUAGACCUCAGUCGUGUCGAUUUCAAUAAUGUCCAGGAGCAAGCUUCGUGGGUGUGUCAAUGCAGCGACGCCACAGUUGCCCACCUGGAGCAGGACUUCAAGUACAUCCUGCAGAAGCAGUCAAGCCUGGAAGAGUGGGCACAGUGGUUAGAUACCGUAGUGACGGGAAUACUUCGCCCGCUGGAGGGAAACAACCUCGCCUAUGCUCGCGCCGCACACCAACUUAUCCUCAAGUGGUCCUUCUACAGCUCUAUGGUCAUACGAGACCUCACACUACGCUCCGCAGCCAGCUUUGGUAGCUUCCAUCUCAUUCGAUUGCUCUACGAUGAGUACAUCUUCUACCUAGUUGAGCACAAGGUCGCUGCGCAUCUUGGUAUGACUCCGGUGGCAGUAAUGGGCGAAAUGGGCAGGGCAGUGACACGACCACACUGCAAUCUAUCUCGCGCUACUGCGGCUGCCCUCGUCGCUCCUGCUGGUACCUCUACAAUCGAGUCUCGACGCUCUCGUCACAAUCUGCCCACCACUUCCUCCUCCUCCUCCUCCAACACUACUGCUACUGGGAGAGGCAAGCUGGAGGCAGUUUUGACGGCCGUCAAGGAGGCGGUACCACCUUGUCACUUAGUGAAAGGGGAGACCGAAGUUGAGGUUGAGGCAACUCCUGAAGCGAUCUUGACCUCGGCAGCAACGACGACCUCGGAUCAUGAUGAGGCCGCAGCAGAAGCUGAUGAGGCGGCAAUUUGCGAGGCAUUCGCGACCGAGGCUGUCUUUCCACGUCCAUCUUCCUCCUCACCCUCUACUGCGGCACGACAGGCGGAAGUGGAGACAGUUGCAGGCGCUGACGGAAUGGUGGAGGAAUUCCUGGACGGCGAGGAGGUGGAGGAGGAGGAGGAAGAAGAAGUGGACGAAGAUGAUGGUGACGAGAAUGAGAAUGAGAAUGCCAUGCUUUGUCGGGCUCACGAAUCGGCCCUCCUCAAAGCUGCGGAGGCUGCAGCAGCGGAAGCAGCGGCAGCGGCCACGCAGAAGGCGACAAAUGGAGACGUCGGCUUUACAGGUCAUCUGAAUGUCGAGGAGGAGCAGGUGGAGAAGUGUAUUAAGGUGGAGGAAUGCGAGUCACUGACGCAGUCACAACAGGAGUGCUGUGACUCUCCACCGCCCAUCGUUGCCCAUGCUACACCGAUGCGGAAGGUGGUUCGGGUGACAACCUUUGAGGAGGAUGCGAGCCGAUCCGCAUCGGGCCUGAGUGUCGAGCAGUCGGCGGGUUUGGGGGUCUCCACUGCCACCACAGCUACCACUACUGCCACCUCUCUGAUCAUUCCCUCGGAGGCGAAGCGUCCACGUUUGACUUGA